AUGUCUUCAUCAAAAUCAACAGAUUCUACAGCUCAAGCACUACUAAUUGAACAUUUUGGUUUUGCACCAUUAAAAUUAAUAGAUGAAGUUAUAAAUGCAAUAAAUCAAAUAACAGGAAAAGGUAUAGAAGCAUUAGAAGAAUAUUUAUUAAAUCUAAAAAGUAAAAACAAACUUAUAGAUGUUGGUGGAGAUGAUAAAUUAAUAACUGAUGAAAUAUUUACUGGAUCAGCAAAAUUAGAAUCAUUAUUACAAUUUAAAAUUGAUAUAUUUUUUGAUAAAUUUGAAUUAUAUUCUUUGCUGAAUAUAUUUCAUAUACCACAAGAUUUAAUUGAUGAUGGAUUAAUAACUUUAAAACAUCAACCAAAAGUAGUGGGUGAUGAAAGAUCUCUAAGAACUCAAAAAAAUGAUUAUGAUUAUCAAAUUUUUAAAAUUUAUGAAUUAAUUGAAAAAGAAUUGAUAAAACGAAAAUUAUAUAUUUUACAAAUUUUAAAAUGUGAAAAAAUUUUAAAUAAUUUGAAAUUUAUGAAAAAUCAACUACAGCAGAUUAAUGAAAUUAGAGAUAAUAAUAGUGAUGAUAAGAAUGUAAAAAAUAUUAUUCGAAAUUUAAAACCAAUUGAUGAAACUUUAGAAUUUUUUUAUAAUCAAUUAAAUUUAAUUAUUUUACAAAUUGAAAAAUUAAAUAAUAAAUUAGAUAAACCAAAUUCAAGUCAUAGUGAAAGUAGUAGAAGUGGUAAUUCUCAUUCAAGUAGUGGUAGCAAUGGAAGUAAUGAUAAAUUAAUAGAUUCAAGAAAUCAAUUUAUUGAAUUAAGAAUGAAAAAAAUUAUGAAUGAUUUAAAAUUAAAUAUACCUACUCCACCUCCUUCACCAAAUAAAGAAAAAUUGGAGAAUGGAAAACAAGAACUAAAAGAUCAAAAAAUUGAAAAUAAUUUGAAUAAUGAUGAUGAAAAUAAUGAGAUAGAUAUAGAAGAUGCUGAUAUAAUUGAUGAUGUACCAGAUUCAGAAGUUAUGAAACAAAUUGUUGCUAAAAUUGAUGAAUGA